GGGAUGUUGGGGCCUCAGUGUGUUGAAUCCUCACAACUCGAACGGCUCCCCCAUCGUAUAGAUCGUAUGUGUAGUUUCCUGUUUUUUCAAAAUUUAUUCAACUGAAAUUUUCUAAGUAAUCAAUCAUCGAGUUGGAUUUUAAACUUUUCUAUUCCUACCGCUUUUUCUACCGCGAACUAAUAUUGUUUUUACAGUUCCUGUUCCAUCCUAGCCCAGAUUAGCGGGUUUUUAAGAUGAAUAAGCAUAGGAAUUCGCAAGGUUUACCACGAUUGAUUCGAAAUUUUUACACAUUCCCCAGAGUCUGGCACCAUAUUUUAUUCCACGCAAUCUUUUGUGGCGGACCUUCGUCGCCGCCCCGUGUUCCCGGACCACACCAGGAGCGCCGCAGCCAGAAGAACCGUCGCAACAAGACCGAUGCCAACGGGGAGGAGCGCACCGUCGUCAACCGUCGCCCCAAGUACUUGCCGAAUCUGAAGAACCUUCAGCUGCCGCGCACCAUCUGCGAGCACAGCGACCGCUUCGUCCUGAUUCCGUUGUCCUUGCAAGUGCACCAGCACGAUGCUGCCGCCGCUGCCGAGCUCCAGGACGAGAAGUGCAUCUGCUUCGACUUGCCGCGCACCAUGUUCCCCAUGCACGCCCCCCUGGGCAAGAUCACCUAUUUGCCGCGCCAGCUCCUGCCGUCCGGAUUCGAUGCUGGCGGCGUCUUUGCCGGCGGCGUCCUGUCGCGCAAGUUUUAUCCCAUCGGGCUGAUGGCCAUGCAGCAGAAGGGCCAGACCCCGCCCCUGUUUGUGGGCCGUCGCUCCAGCGUCGUGGCGGAGCCACGUAGACGCCAGCCGGUAAUUAACGCUGCUACUGCUCUGCAGCCGCCAGUCCGUCUCGCCUUGAACUUGAACAAGCGCCUGCUGCGCCACGAAAUAGCUGUGGCCCAGAUUGUCCACCAGCCGGCCAGCCUGGCAGCCGUGGCCGAGUAUCUGAAGCGCCAGUGCCCAACUCAGACCAACAUUUAUGUCCCGGACAUGAGCCAAGUGGCCCUGGUGACUGCCCGUCCGUGCCGCCUGGCCAUUGUGAUCCUGUCCACCGUUUUACAUCCCCAUGUCCCGAUGGUGGCCUUCGCCACCUUGGGCGAUGAUGGCGAGGCCAAUUGUCCACGUUUCGAGUUGCCGUGCGAAGUCUUUCCCGCCGGCGACGGCUUCCGCCGUCCGGUCUUCCUGCCGCCGCAGUACUUGCCGCGCGGCUUCGACGCCGGCUGCGUCUAUUCGCCGGGCUCCUUGCCGGACAGCCUCUUCCAGGGUCCCCUGAAGCUGGGCACCCCCCAGCCGCAGCACAACGUCGCCAUGACUCCACCCCUCUUCGUGGGCCGAUGCAAACGCGGCGUCUCCUUGAUCCCGGACCACCAACAGAUGCUCAUGCAGCUGCAGGAGCUCUCCUGCCAGGUCUCCCUCGGAGGGGUAGUUGCUUCCGGGGACAGUGCAUCGUCAUCAUCCGCCGCAGCCGCCGCUGCUGCCACCGCCGCCGCUCUGGUUCCGGCUCUAUCUUCUCUAACCGUCUCAAUGCCGAUUCCUCCCACUACUGUCGGAGUAGCCGGCGACUGCCACGAACUGAUGGACAUGGACAUCGAAGAGAGUGAUGAUGACGAUGAGGAGGAGGAAGAGAUUCCGCGAUGCUCGCACUGCCCGAGGGUACCGCCAAUACCGCCGCCGUGCACCCUGGAGUUUGUGGAGCGCCUGGCUCCCGAGAACUGGCGCAACGAGCUGGCCUCGGCGCCGCCCGUCAAGACCUUUGAUGUGGACGCCGACAUUGACGCCAUUGGCGAUGUGCUGGAGGAGAUGCGCACCCGCGGCGUGGACCUGGUCCUCAAGGGGGACCUCGGCCACGGCUUCAACUACGAUCGCGCCUGCGAGCAGUUCCGCGACAUGAUGGAGCGCCGCGACGAGAUCCGCGACCAGAUGUCCGUCUCGAUGCGGGAUCACGAGGAGAAGAUGCAGCGCUUCAAGAAGCGGGCUCUGCGCCGCCUAAAGAAGAUCGGAGGCCUAACCGAUGACCCGAACGCCACGCGCACCAUCUGUGCCACCUGCGGCGAGUUGCACUAAGAAGUGCCUCUAUAGAAUCUACAACAGGAAACAACUUUAAUAAUGUGCCAUAUGUCAUUAUCAUUUCAUAUAUGAUUCAUAA